AUGAAACAACCUCGACAACUUCCAGGACUAGCCUGCGAUACUUGUAGAGCGCGCAAAUUGCGGUGUGAUCGUCGUGAACCAAAAUGUACAACUUGUAUCGAUACUGGUAUGGCUUGUACUAUAACAACUAUACGUUCGCCAAGAGGUCCACAGAGAGGUCAUCUCAAAGCUCUACAAGCACGAGUUGCUGCUCUAGAAAUUUCGCUCACCCAAAAACACGCGAGGACAUCAUCCAUCGACUCAUUUCUCGAAUUGACUGAUGAUCAGAUUUUAGGCGGUAUCUCGAGAGAGCAAUCCCCUACAGAUAUUUCAAAAAUUCUAGCGGAUAUUGAAACUCAAGAUACUUACAUGCCCUUGGAUGCUUUCGAGCCGUAUCCGAGCUCGUCAGAGAUCUGCCUGUCGAGCUUAAUGCGCGAAGACUUGGACCAACUUUAUUUUGAUCGAGUGCACGUGUUUGCACCGAUUCUUCAGCAACGACGCUACUCAGCAUGGACGCGGGCGAAAGACAAAAGCAGAUCUCACACUUGCCUUCAACACGCCAUGUGGACGUUAGGAGCCUCGCUAUCGACCCAGUUCCAACACCUAGAGAAAUCACUUUACUCAGAUACUAAAAAGAUGCUAGAGGAACUUGAAAACAAAUGCACAGACAUUAGAUCCGUCGAGAUUGAACAAGUGCAGGCAUGGAUCUUGAUUGCUAUCUAUGAGUUCUUGCGGUUCAAUUAUUGUCAUGGUUGGAUGAGUGCGGGGCGUUCGUUCCGCUUGGUACAACUCAUGCGACUUUAUAAGAUUGACACGCCCAAUAGUAUACACAGUCAUGGCGACUGGAUUAAGACUGAAGAGAUGAGGAGGACUUUUUGGAUGGCAUAUUCUCUUGAUCGUUUUGCAAGUAUAACUAAUGAUUGGCCGUUAACAUUGAGUGAGCAAGCUAUUAUGACACGUUUGCCAGCACCUGAGACAAACUUCCAGAGUGGCCAACCCAUCUUGAUGUGCUUCUUAUCAGAGGCUGUCGGUACAAAUCACCAGACUUUAUCGUCCUCGUGGGCCGAAUGCAUUGUGGUGAACACAAUUUUCGGACGAGCGCUAUCCCACAGAAAUCAGGCUGUUGUCGAAGAUAUUUGUGCCACUCCUUCGUCAGAUUUCUGGGAUCGACAUCAAUGUGUUAACGCGAUACUGGUACAGACAAUGCAAACGAUGGUGGCUAAGUACCCUGCUACCUCCCAAUAUGUUGACCCCAUGUUACUGUUUACCCAAAUGCUGGCGAAAACAACUGUUUUGUAUUUGUACAAGACUUUGGAAAAUGCCAUGUUCGAGACGGAGGAAGAAUUGAUGAUACGUAUGGAAUACAAGAGUCUUGCAUUACGUGCUGCACAAGAACUUGUCGAUCUCACAAAAACAUUAGCACAAUUGAGCUUUUUCAAGGUCCACCCUUUUACACCGGUGCCCCUUUACCUAUGUGCAAGAUUCUUCAAAACACAUAAGAAUCCCGACGAAUGUUUCAACAUGCAGCUUCAAGAGAUUAUUUUGGUACUGCAAGGGUUGAAAAGUGUCAAUCAUCUCGCUGAGAGCUUUUUGCAACUUUUAGACCUUGAUAACGAAAUAAAUGAUGAUCAUCAACAACAGGAGUUUUCUUUAAACGGGAUAGAUAUUUCAAACUCAUUAGUGUGCUCGGGUUAA